UUUUGAAACAAAGCUGAAUAAGACUGGAAAUAUAGUUUCAUCUGAUAUCUCAAAAGAAAGUUCUGAAAAAGCUUUUAAGGAUUCUGUGGUAACGGGAGUGAAUUUGGAACAAAAGCAACCAGCAACGCAUGGAUGGGAAAUACUGGUCCUUCCUUCUUAGUUUUGGAAUAUGUUUGAUGAUAUGUGCAUCUGUUACUGGUCGUCUGGCGCUGAAAAAGGAUAUCAGAAGAAACGCCUCUCCUUGUGGCUCCGAUUGCCCUUCGUACUGUUUUCCUGAAUGCUUGCCCGAUUGUUGUAACUUCUUCCAGUACUACACACCUGCACCACCUCCACCCCCUCCUCCACCUCAACCCGGACCCCCCGGGCCUGAUGGUCCAGUUGGUCCUAGUGGACCACCGGGGCCGGAUGGACCAAAGGGAAUACCCGGACCACCCGGUCCUCCGGGGCCUCCUGGAUUCCCCGGAGCUCCAGGUAGUCCGGCUGGCUCUCCAGGAACACCGGGACCCUCUGGAAAUCCAGGACAACCUGGAAGUUUGGGAGAACCUGGCGAUAUGGGUCCUAUUGGCCCCCCUGGGCCCCCGGGUCCGCCAGCUGCCCCUGGCCCUUCAGGACCAAAAGGACCAAAUGGUGAUAAUGGACCUGCGGGAGCAAUGGGGCAUCCAGGGGAAAUGGGAGAUCCGGGCUUGGCAGGACCACCUGGUCCCCCUGGACCACCCGGACUUCCAGGAAUUCCAGCCACCUCUCCUCCUCCAACAUGUCCUGAGAUUUGUGAGACAAUCUGUGUAAGUACAUGCCCAAGCGACUGUUGUUCAAGAGCUGGUGUACCAGGUGCAGAUGGUCAUGUGGGAGCCAUGGGAAGUCCAGGGGACCCAGGAGCAGCUGGGGAACCCGGAGCUCCCGGUCUCCCUGGAGCACCAGCCACAGUAACAUCUUACGAAGCCCCAGGUGGUACACCAGGUCAGGCAGGUGUUCAAGGACCACAAGGCCCACAAGGAGCAAGCGGAGCCAUGGGGGCUAUGGGAAGUCCGGGAGAUCCAGGGGAAGCUGGGGCAGCCGGACUUCCGGGUCCUCCGGGUCCACCGGGUCUACCUGGGGUACCAGCGGGAACUUCCACAAAUGACAAUGCCUCAACGGGUGUGCCAGGUCCUGCAGGAUCUCAAGGACCUCAAGGUCCUCAAGGGGCAAUCGGGGCCAUGGGAGCAAGGGGAAAGCAGGGAGAUCCCGGUGCUGCCGGACAAGCAGGACCUCCGGGUCCACCAGGGCCUCCAGGUCCCCCCGCUGGGGCACAACCAUCAACACCUGCAGCCUAUGGUGCACCAACAGGUACACCCGGUCAACCUGGACUUCAGGGGCCCCAAGGUCCUCAAGGGACUAUGGGGGCCAUGGGAGCUAGGGGAAAACAGGGAGAUCCAGGUGCUGCCGGACAAGCAGGACCUCCAGGUCCACCAGGACCACCAGGUCCCCCCACUGGGGCACAAACGUCGACUACAGCAGCUUAUAGUACACCACCUGGUACACCAGGCCAACCUGGACUUCAGGGGCCCCAAGGUCCUCAAGGGGCAAUGGGGGCCAUGGGAGCUAGGGGAAAACAGGGAGAUCCCGGUGCUGCCGGACAAGCAGGAACUCCGGGUCCACCAGGACCACCAGGUCCCCCCGCUGGGGCACAAGCGUCGACGCCUGCAGCUUAUGGUGCACCAACAGGUACACCAGGCCAACCUGGUCUACAGGGACCAUCAGGGCCCCAGGGAGCGAUGGGAGCCAUGGGAGACCCUGGAGCCGCCGGACAAUCAGGACCUCCAGGCCCACCAGGCCCUCCUGAGGUACCAGCGGCUACACCUGCAGUUUAUAGUGCCCCAGCUGGUGCACAAGGACCGACAGGACUCCAAGGACCUAAGGGCCCCCAAGGUACCAUGGGAACUCCCGGGACGAUGGGACAGCCAGGGGACCCAGGAGCCGCUGGACCUCCAGGACCCCCAGGGCCACCCGGGCCUCCAGGAGUACCGGCGGCGGAUGUUGCACCCGUUUGCCCGGCGAUUUGUGAUAAAUUAUGUGUUGGUAUUUGUCCUACAAAUAAUUGUUGCAAAAAGUCAAAAAUCCCAAUCAAGAAGGUGCAGAUUUUAAACAAAGGAAGCAUCAUACCCGUAAAAGCUGCAAGCGCUACUCAAGGAAAGGAAGGCGUGCAAGGGGAGAAGACUCAGAGAGGAAGACUGAUUCAAGGAAAAAACCCUAGUCAGAAUAUCAAAAGAAGCAAAAUAAGGCACAAAAAUAGUAUCUAGAAUCAAUAUAGUUGUGCGAAGAUUCUCAUAAUAUUGAACAAUCUUGAAAUUGUCUCAAAUGUAUUGUACAUUAAAUACUUUAUUACA